GCUUGGGCUGUUGAAAUAAAUCAAAUCGAUCGGGAUGGCGAUGAGGAGUUCGUGGCCCCGCUGAAGAUUCUUUUCUUUCGUUCUUUCUUUCUUUCUUUCCUUUCCCUGCGUCCAAAUGAAGGUCUGUCCGUAUAGGAUUGUUUCGGUGCUGGAUGGCGUCUCGAGAACGUGUCCGGCUGAUGGGUCUGUCUCUGCUUGUUGCACCGCGUUAAGGAAUACAUCUCUCAGCACCCAAGUCCUCUAUCCCAACGAUAAUGCAUACCACCACUCGCUUGGCUCCUACUGGCGAACCGACAUCCAGGAGCUCUACCCAGCCUGCAUCGUUCAACCACGCUCAGCACAAGACGUCUCCCUGACUCUUUCCACCCUUGUCGACUCAAACGAUGACUCGCCACAAUGCCAGUUUGCCGUUCGCUCGGGAGGACACAGCACUGUGCUUGAUUCGACCAACGCCGACUACGCAGUCACGAUCGACCUCUCUAUGCUUAAUCGCACCGUCUACCACCCUGAAUCUUCAACUGCGUCGGUCCAGCCAGGUGCGAGAUGGAAGUCCGUAUACAAAGCCCUAGGCGAACACGGAGUCGCAGUCCCAGGCGGACGAGGAGGAACCGUCGGCGUCGGUGGGUUCAUCACUGGGGGUGGGAACUCGUUCCACAGCGCGCAGUAUGGACUCACCUGCGAUUCUGUGGUUGAUUUCGAAAUCGUCCUCCCCUCCGGCCAAAUAACCACCGCAUCGCCAACCAAAAACCCAGACCUCUUCCAAGCCCUAAAAGGCGGCUCCGGCAACUUCGGCAUCGUCACCAGCUUCACCCUCCAAGCCUUCUCCCAACCCCCAGCCUCAAUCUGGGGCGGCGUCGUCGCCUACGACCAUGCCUCCACCGUAUCCGCCCAGAUCGACGCCCAGGUGCGCUUCACCAACAACAUCCGCAAUGACCCCUCUGCCUCCCUGAUCCCGAUCUACAACUACAACUCGCAGCUGGGGGUGCCCGUGAUUGCGAACUCGCUGGUGUAUACAAAGCCCGAGGCGUAUCCGGAUGCAUUUCGCGACUUCUAUAACAUGCGCAAUAUAUCCGAUUCCAUGCGUUUCACCGAUUUGGAGGAUUUGACGGGCGAGUUGGAGCCUGAGGCUGGGUUGCAGAAAUUCUUCACUCUAAGCUUCGCCAAUAACCCGGCCAUCUUGCACAAAGCAGUCGCCAUCCAGGACCGCAUGAUCGAGGAGGCGAAGAGCUCUGCCCGCAGCGAGAACUGGUCUAUCAUUAGCAUGUACCAGCCACUGCCGGGUCUUUUUGCGGAGAUUGGGAGGAAGAAGGGGGGAAAUGUGCUCGGGUUGGAUGAGAAGGGGAAUUAUAUCUUGGACCUGCUCUGGUUUAUAUGGGAUGAUGCUGAGGAUACGCCGUUGUUUGACUGGAUUGGGAAGACCUUCGUGGAUGAGUUGGAUGGGUUUGCGAGGUCUGUUGGUGGAGAUUCGCCGUUUGUUUAUCUGAAUUAUGCGGCGGAGAGCCAGGAUCCGUUGCGGGGAUACGGGGAGGAGAAUUUGGCGUUUUUGAAGGCUGUUGCGGAAAAGUAUGACCCCUUGGGUGUUUUCCAGACGCAGGUUCCGGGAGGGUUCAAGGUUAGUAGGGCGUAGUUACUGAAGAUACGUGCAAUGUAUGUACGAAAGUCAUCUCAUCAUGAAUUAUAGAUAUACUUCUAUCAUAGAUCAUAUAUACAGUACAAGAUCAACUUGAUAAGGCUUAAAAUAC